CUGGGUGACCCGGCAAUGGGGGCCUCAAGUGUAGCCUGCCUUCUGCUCCCCUCCAAUACCAUGGCUCCCACCUCGAUGGCUUCCUCGGCCACCACCGUCGCACCCUUCCAGGGCCUCAAGUCCACCGCGGGCCUCCCCGUCGGCCGCCGCAGCGCCGCCAGCCUCGGCAGCAUCAGCAAUGGUGGAAGGAUCAGAUGCAUGCAGGUGUGGCCGAUUGAGGGCAUCAAGAAGUUCGAGACCCUAUCUUAUCUGCCACCGCUCUCGGCGGAGGCCCUCCUGAAGCAGAUCGACUUCUUGAUACGCUCCAAAUGGGUUCCCUGUCUGGAGUUCAGCAAGGUUGGCUUCAUCUUCCGUGAGCACGGCAGCACUCCCGGAUACUACGACGGCAGGUACUGGACAAUGUGGAAGCUGCCCAUGUUCGGCUGCACAGACGCCGCCCAAGUCCUCAAGGAGGUGGAGGAGGUCAAGAAGGAGUACCCUGACGCCUAUGUCCGUAUCAUCGGUUUCGACAACGUCCGUCAGGUGCAGUGCGUCAGCUUCAUUGCCUUCAAGCCACCAGGCUGUGAGGAGUCCGGCAAGGCAUAAGCUGUGAGCUAGGAAUCCGAUAUAUGGAGUCUCUUGGUUCAGUUUUCGAUGACAACUCCGCUUUCCGGGUUUUACUUUUACUUCCACAUAUAAUUGUGUGUGUAUGCAAGUUGUUAAAUACUUUGAGAUCAACAAGUUGUAAAGAGUUUGUGACCCGUCAAAUACUGAAUAUCUAUAUAUCUCACCGGGUUGCGAUGGAGUUUA